GUCUUCUACUUCGUAAAACGAACAACACACACAGAGAGAGAGUGAGAGAGAAAUUAGUCAACACACAGAGUUUCUCCACUCUGAUCAAUAAUAAGUAGUGGAUUUUUUAAAAAUCGAAUUAUCAGCAGCAGCAAUACAAUUUAACUGUGAUAUGGAUUUUAUGCAUGAUGGGAUUUUUUUAAUGAUACAAUUACGCAUUUAUUUUGUUCAUCAUAUUUGUUCAAUCAAUUGAUUUCAAUUGUUCAAUUAUUAUUAUUAUUAUUACAAUUGAUUCUAUGAUUGAAAGUAUGCGACAUCGUGGUUCUACUGCCGAACUAUCACCUGGUCUAUAUCUUGAUAAACAUUGUUCAGAAGCAACAAUGUCACCAAAUAAUUCACCGAAAUCUGAUGUACAACCGGGAUUGUAUUGUUCACCUGUAACUUCAACAAAAUCAUCUAGAAUAUCUCCUGUACUAUCACGUAUUCAUCCAUCUAAAGUAACUAGUUGUUUUUCUCAAUCAAAUCGAAUUCAACGUCAUGAUUUUAAAUCAAAAUAUUCAGGUCAAUUAACUAGUCUUAAUUCAUCUCAGGAGAUAGGUAAAUCUGGGCGAUAUAUUAAUCAUCGGAAAAUACGUAAAAAAUCUAAACGUGAAACAAGAUUUCAAAUGAAUGGUAAUAUGGAUCAGAAUUUUCAUUCUCUUAAAGUUACUAUUAGACGAACUUACAAAUCGAAUAAAUUGGAAAAUGGUAUUUGUGCAAUUGUAAAUAAUACACCAGAUGGAAAUAUUAAACAGGAUGUUUCACAUCAAUCACUCCAUGAUAAUAAGAAUAAUUCAACAAGACUAUGUGAAACACAAUCAUAUCAUGAAAAAUUAAAUCAAGAUGUAUAUAAUCCAGAACUUUUAUCAAUAUUUGGAAAUACUCGUCAUUUUGUUGAUUCGUCAACUUCUACAAUUGACAGUGCAACUUUAACUGAAACAAAUCUACUUGGACCAUGUGAACCAGGCACAAAAGUUGUUGUAGAAGGUGUAGUCUGGUUAGAAGCUACAGGGAUGCUUGUUCUCAGUCUCCAUUGGCGCGGACGAAAUUAUAUGGGCACUUUAUUAGACUCAUCAGAACAGACAUUUGCACCUACUUGCAUUGAUAAAGGUGUCGCUAGUGCAUUGAAUUUAUUACGUGGUCGAAAAUCUUGGUGUGAUCCACACCGGGGUUAUCAAUCUCGUGGCUUACAUCAUUUUCAUCAUAUGCGUCAUCGUCGUGGUGGAGGCGGAGGCGGCGGUGUCGGCAAUGGUACUGGUGGUAAAUCAAUGACUACUCGAUCAGCUUCAGCCGCAGCAGCUGCUGCAUCACAAGAUUCACGAGAAGGUAGUGUCGAUUCCAAAGAUCAACCUAUCAUAAUGAAUGAUCCUUAUUCAACUGAUUGUAUUGAUCAACCGUAUACACCGAUCGAAACAAAUUAUAAUUCAAAGAAAUCGAACAAUCAUCAUAUAUCAAAUCAUAUUCCACAACGUGGUGCUAAAGGACGUAGACGUCGUGGUGGUGCUGGUCGACGAUCAAUUCCUUCAAUCGAUGCAUUGUCUCCUUCGAAUGAAUGUUUACUGAAUAAUAAUGCUUCAUCAACUAUGCCCGAAACCAAACAACAACACACUCACAUGGAUGAUGUAGGAGAUAAUCAAUCGACUAAUUUGUCAGAUAAUUCAUCGUCGAAUUCUGAUUGUAAAUUACCCCCAUUGCAUUGUCCAUUCAAUGGUUGUGAAAAACGUUUCAUGGAUAUUUUAAGUAUGCGUUUUCAUUUCACCAUGGGACAUCAGCAUCAGCAUAACAAUUCUCAACCAAUAGAAGAACUGAACGAUGUAAAAGAGUCUUUUAUGAUUGAUGCACCGAUUAGAGGGGAUAAGAUGAUGAAAUGGAUGAAAAGGGAAGAUUUCGACAAUGAUGAUGCUGAUGAUGAUGUCGAUGCUGAUGAUGAUCCUACUGGCAAUAAUCUUGAAAUAUCUGUAUGUGAUCAUUCGGCUAAUUCAUCGCCUCCACCGAAAUUAGCCAGAGCACAUGGAAUCAAAGAUCGAAGUAGUAGUAAUAAUAAUAAUGAGACAAGUUUAAUUCUAGCCAAUGGUGAUGAUGUCGAAGAUGAUGAUGAUAACGACGGCGACGACGUUGUUGGUGAUGAUGAUGAUGUUGAUAAUAUUGAUCCACCGAAACUACAUCGUGUCGUUUCAAUACCGGAUUCAUUUUCACAUACAAAUCAAUUUAUGAAUAAUGAUGAUGAUGUGAAUUUUGAUCAUUUUCAUCAGAUCACAACCACAGCGACUACAACAACAAUGAUUGAUAUUGCUGAUGAACCACCGGCUGCUAGUCCUGCUUAUUCAGAUAUCUCUGAUGAUGGUACAGUGUCAUCGUCCACUGCCACCACAAUCAAUAUGCUUCCUGUGUUAAAUUUAGAAACAAUAACAAAUCCUAUGGAACCGCUGCCGCCGCCGCCGCCGCCAUUGCCACCAACAGCAUCAUCGACAGUGGUAUUAUCCAAUUUGUCCAUGAAUCAAACUAAUCCUGGCACUACUACUACUACUCCUACUCCUACUACUACUCCUACUAUUCUACCUCAAGUUGGUGCUGCUGGUGCGUAUAUUGAUGUGUCGAAACGUUUAAAUCUCUCCCCAUUGAUACUUUCUUCAUGUUGUCGUUCACCGACCACCAUGCUAGGAUCAAACAAUGAACCAACAAAAUUAUUUUUUCCUGUGAUGAAUAUAUUUUCUGCGUCAACUGUAAAAAAACCAACAAAUAUCAAUCAUUUGUUUUAUCCAACUCCAACUACUACUAGUUCGAUGCAUAAUAAACCAGCCAGUGAGAAUAAUGAAUUACACCAUCCUCCAAUGAUUAAUCAUCAAAAUCCCGGUGUAAUUUAUCCGUUACAAAAACAAUCACCGUCUCAUUUAUCAGGAUUAAAUAAUUUAUCCACUACGUCACAAUUAUUCUCUCCGACUAAUAGUAGUAGUAGCAUCCCUUUAAUUCCUACCAUAAAUCCUAAUCAUCAAUCAAGACAAUUAUCGUCGCUUCCUUUGAUUACAUCGGAAUUCCUUAAGACUACUGGACAACAAAAUGCUCGUCCAUCGUCAACAGGAUCAUCAUCGUCAUCAAUAAAUCCUAUUGGUUUUUGUGUUUCAUCGCCCAAUUCUCCAAUUCUAUUAUCAGGACCACCCGGUGUAUCCUCCGAUCAAGGCCUACUCUUAUCAUCAUCAUCGCCGUCAUCAUCGCAUAAUAAUACUAAUCAUAGUCAUCAUUCCCAACUGCAUCGACAUUGUCCACCUUCUUCUGCAUUGUCCAAAUCGUAUGAAUAAACUCUACUUACUACACACACACACACUACACAUCUGUAUAUGUAUUGUAUGUAUGCCUUUGCAACUUUUUCCUGUUUUCUUUCAAACUAUCUAUCUGCCUAUCUGCCUAUCUACAUUAUAUAAAUAAAUACAUUGUACAAAAAUUGUAAUCAUAUUCUUCACAACACUUACACUUACUAUUUUGACGUUUAAUGCUGGCUGGCAAGGAAGACAGUAAUCAUAGUAGUAGUAGUAGUAGUAGUGCCUACCAGUGUGCUUGUAUUCAAGACACAACAAUAACAGACUUAGACAUGAUCGUUGUUCCCUGCACCGUUUUGCCUUUCUCUCUUUCUCUUUGUGUAUCUAUCUAUCAAUCUAACUAGUUUAUUAUUUUUACUACUCACCAGAAUUCUCAUCAUAAACAAACCUAUCAUCAUCAAUAACAACAUUCUUGUUCUUCAAGUUGGUCCGCUCACUUUAUUUUUUUCUUGAAUUGCUGCUUUUCUCUGUUUUUUUUUUCAAACCCGGCACACCAACAAACUAGCGGUAUUCUUCACUGUGCGGAUUUAUGUUUCACGACUGUCGAUUGUUGUUUCGUUGUUGUUGUUGUCGUCGUGUUCUUUCAACUUCUUAAAUCUUUUUCUUUUUUCCUCCAAUAUUGUCAUGUUCCAUGUCUUCUCUGUGUGUGUGUGUGUACUACUUGUUCCACGCCUUCCGCGCAUCUACUUCAGCCGAGAUUGAUCAAUGCUUGCUUGCUUACUCGUUGGUUC